AUGCCGCUUGUUUUCUGUCCUAACUGCAGCAAUGCGCUGACUAUCACCCGUGCGGAUUCCACCAACGCCCACCCGAUGGGUGUAAACCGAUUUGAGUGUCGAGCUUGUCCUUAUGAGUGGGCCUUGGAAAAGAAGUGGUAUGAGCGAACAGACCUCAAAGAGAAAGAGGUUGAACAAGCACUUGGCGGCAAGGACGAGUGGAAGAAUGCAGACAGCAUGGGCACACAAUGUCCAAACGAGGGUUGCAACGGCGACCGUGCAUACUUUUAUCAGCUACAGAUUCGCAGUGCGGAUGAGCCGAUGACUACAUUUUUACGGCUGACAGCUGUGGGCAGUGUACAACCUGUGCGACACAGUGGAGAGAGUAGUGCCCGACCAGGGAGCUCUCGAAUUCGCAACUUGCAAUUGCAGGAUUUCUGGAUUUGA